GCAGGAUUGGAAAUCUCGCGUUUUCUCGCGAUAUGUGAUUGACGACUGCUACAGAAUUCAAACUAGCCGUUUGAAAGUUCCCGAGCAGGAAAGCGGUUGGGGCAGUUCAUUCUUCAGAUAUAUUAUUGCUAUCACCAACUACACUUUAAAUCUAAAGAUGUCAGAUCUAGAGGAUGAGAUUAAAGUGUUGCGACGGAAGGUGCAGGAAGGAGAAGAGGCGCUUCAGAAGGCUGGACAGUAUGGACUUCAACUUUUGGAUGACAAAAUGGAUAUGCACAACAAAUUGGAGGAACAGCGAAUCGAGAUGUCCAAUGUCAUUGAGACUCUGGAACAAGAGAAAUACUCUUUGGAAAGGGAUGUUGAGUUAAAGGCCCGCAUGUUGGAGAGUCUGCGAUCAGAAUUUGAGCUUGUCAAAAACCAACAGAAACAUCAAAUGGAACAGAAACAAACUCUGCUGGAGAGGAACCAUGCUCUUGAGCUCAGUGACUUAAAGAAUAAGAUGGAGAAAAUGAAGACAGAUUUAGAGGAGGCUCAACUUGCUGAAAAGCAGAUGAAACACAAGCUGGACCAGCAGUCUGAAGUUCUAAACAGCAAAACUGAAGAACUGCGUGUUCUUACAGAACGUGCACAUGAAACAAUGUCCUCAGAGAUACUUGAGCUGCAAGUGCAGAAGAUGGAUAUGGAAUCAGCAAUGGCGUCUUUGGAGCAAGAGCUUCAGGAGGCACGAUACAAAGAAGAGCAGCUACAAUUGGCCAACACUACCCUCCAGAGGCAACUGGAGAGACUCACAGAAGAGAAGGAAGAGAGAGAGAAAGAGGCAGUGUCCUGCUAUAAUGCUUUAGAGAAAGCUCGUGAAGCCAACCAAGACCUUCAGAUCCAGCUGGAACAGGUGUUGCAGCAGGCACAAGAUCCAAACAGCAAAGGCAAUUCCUUGUUUUCUGAGGUAGAGGACAAGAGAGCAGAGAUGGAGCGGCAGCUGAACAGCAUGAAAAGACAGCAUGAGUCUCUACAAAAGCAGCAUGUUCUCACCAAACAGCAUAUGCAACGCAUGAAGAUGCAGAUAGCUACCCUUAUGCAGCUCCAGGGCAACAGGGCCGACCCAGCCCAGCUUGAACGAUUGCAAUUCAUGUUAUCUGACAAGAACAAUGAGAUAGAAGGCCUGAUGAUGAAAGUAAGAGAACUGGAGAAAGAGAAGACAACUGCAAAAGACCAGCAUCCACCUGCCCCGUCUAAAGAAGGCGAGCAAAUGGAUGAGACUUAUUACACAGACCUAUUAAAAAUGCAACUUUCAAAUUCAAAGAAGGAUGCAGAGAAACUAAAAGAUGAGUUAUCCAUGGCAAGAAUGAAGGCUCUUUCUGAAAGUCAGAGAGUGUUGGAGUUGGAGAGGAAACUCUAUGGCACCGAGCAAGCGCUGAAACAAAGACAUAGUGACAAUAUGAGGCUCCAAGUCAAGCUUGAAGAACUAAAGAUGAAAUACACACCUAAUGAGGUGAACAAAGCUCAAGUACAGAAACGCCGCCGGGAGAAGUUUCCUGUAGCAGUUCCAGAGGAAAAGUCAGCACCCAGCAAAGAGGAUACUGCAACCAUGGAUACUGAGCCAAACAAGGGCUUGUGUGAAAAUACAGAGGAAAAAACCCUGAGUCAUCCCAUUGAGAAACCAGUUGUGAUCCCGUUGCAGUCUGCACAACCCACAGAACCCAACUCUGUCAUUCCCCGUGAGAGCAAGUCUGUUCGAAUCUGUGAGGAUCCCCCAGUCUGCAUUCCUGAUGCGCCCAGGUCUCCUGUAAGUGACUCCAAUAGCAAGAAAGAGGAUCAGACUCAUCAUAACAAUGAAGAAGAGGAGAACUGGAGAACUGAAAGGAAGAAGAAAAAGUACCAACAACCCACUCAUGUUAACUCAGAAAAAACCAUGGCAAACGAAUGUGCUCAACAGUAAUUUGGCUAAUGCAAAAUCAUUUGUCAUAGUUAAAAAAACAUACAUAACAUAUAUAUUGUAUAAAUAUUUUAGCAGGUUUGUAAUUUACACCAUUAAUUGAUUGAUUUGACUUGCCCUGUCUAUGCACAUGAUUUGUAGCACAUUUUAUAAUUUUUUCACAUUUAUUAAUACCUCUGUAAUAUAAUUAACUAAUGAAUAAAAAAUGAAUUAAUGCAGUCUUAAUGCAUUAUCUUGCUUACUGUACAUGUUGUAAUGAACUUCCUGUGUACCAUUAUUUCCAUGUUCUAUAAUGGUUUAUAAACAUUUGGAAAAAUA